GCUGCUCAGCAGGCAAAACCAAUGAGGAUUAAGCAUUGUUAUAUUCUGCUAAGCCCUGGUGAUCUUAUCAGAAAGAAGCACAAGCUAUUUGGUCUGUACUCUGCAGGUAGCCCUCUUUCAGGGAAAAAAACAAACCCUGUGCACACUAGGUUGGCAUCUGCAUGUUGUGUGACUGCAAGGCUGGGAGUGGAUUAUUCGGACAACCGACUUCUCGGAGAAAAAAGCCAAGGAACAUGGAUUUUGCAAUUCUGGCUCCACCUUCAGUGAAAAAAAAAAGCAUACAAGUUCAUAGAGUCGUCGUGAUUCCCACAGAGCUGACUAGCUGCCGGUCUCAGGCUUGAAACUCCCAAGCCCCUCCGAAGCCUAUGGAUUUUCCUUUCUGCCUGGGGCUGCGUUCCUUCCUGGAGCCUUCCUGUGGGUCAGUCACACACUUUCCCUCUGGAUUUAACUCAAGGGAUCUGAAACAAUCUGAUCAACACCAGCUUUUUAUUUUCUUCUCACCCAGGAAGCUUUCCAAGCUGACAUGAAUGCCGAGAAGCUGUUUUGCCACUCCAGAAAAGAGAAAAGGACAUUGGAUGCUCACUUCAAGCAAGAUGUCACUUCUUGUGUCCUACACCAGUUCUUCUUACUUCAAUUCUGAGGAAUGAGAAGCCAUGGUUCUUCAGUUGCCUCCUUGCAAAUGUUUCUAUUUUGUGUGUCCCUUCUCUGAUAAAUGUGCCCAAUUUCCUACCAGUUGUCACUGCUUCCUGCCAAUGAACAAAGACUGGAGAAGUUGCAUCAGAUUUAUUUCGUGAAUUCCAAUUUCUUCCUGGAAGUGAAAGUGGGCACAGGCAUGAAGCUGUGGCAGUCAAUAUUAGAAGCAUUUGUUCUGCUACCGUAUCUCAAUGUAUGGCUUGUUGAUGGACAAUCUCCUCCUGGGAAACCUAGAAUAGUAAGUUGCCUGUCCCAAGGAAAUGAAACAUUUACUUGUCGAUGGGAGCCUAAUUCAGAUGGGGGUCUUCCUACAAAUUAUACUCUGCUCUACAACACCGUUGGUAAAGAAGAGAUCCAUGAAUGUCCAGAUUACCUAUCUGCUGGACCCAAUUCCUGUUACUUUAAUCAAAGAAUCACCAGGCUGUGGCAAACAUACAACAUUAGUGUAAAAGCUACCAAUGAUGCAGGAAGUAAUUUAUCUGAUCCUCAUUAUGUGGACGUAAAAGAAAUGGUUAAGCCAAACCCUCCCAUGAACCUCUCUUUGGAAAUCAAAAUGAUAAAUGGAAUAAUGUACAUGUGGACAAAAUGGUCACCAUCCCCGCGGCUGAAUGAUUCAGCACGAUGUAAUUAUGAAUUGCGACUGAAGUCUGUAGAAGGAAAAGAAUGGGAGAAUUAUUUUGUGGGACAGCAAUUGCAGUAUAAAAUAUCUCAGUUGCAUCCAGGAAUGAAAUACACUGCUCAGGUUCGUUGUGUAACAGAUCGUGGUGGAAGGAGUGUGUGGAGCCCAGAAAGAUACAUUCACUUCCACAGUGACCAGCCUCCGGGGAAGCCAAUCUUUAUAGGAUGUCGCUCUCCCGAAAAAGAAACCUUUACUUGCUGGUGGAAGGCGAGCUCUGAGGGAAGUCUCCCAAAAAACUAUACGCUGCUCUAUAACACAGAAAGAGAUAAAAAAUACUAUGAAUGCCCGGACUACACAACAGCGGGGACCAACUCCUGUUACUUUGAUAAAAAGCACACAUCGCUUUGGAUGAUGUAUAAUUUUACUUUAAAGGCCAUGAAUGAGAUGGGGAGUAGUGUGGCAGACCCUUAUUACGUGGACGUAGCUAAUAUAGUUCAGCCAGAUCCUCCAGAAAAUCUUUCCCUAGAAUUUGAGAAAAAAGUAUAUGGACAGUAUGUGUUAUUGACGUGGAAUCCACCUUCUCUGGGUGAUGUCAAAUCUGGCUGGCUAACUCUGGAGUAUGAAUUACAUAUAAAGCCUGAAGAAGGACAAGAGUGGGAAAAAAUAUUUGUUGGGCAAAGGACGUCUUACAAGAUGUUCAGUGUGAAUCCAGGAGAGAGAUACGUUGCCCAGGUUCGAUGCAGAUCAGAUCAUGGUAUCUGGAGCAACUGGAGCCCUAAAAAUUAUAUCAAACUCCAAAAAGAUAUCAGCGUAAAGGAUGUAGUUGUUUGGAUCGUUGUGGUUUUUUUAUCAACCGCUGCUUGUUUGAUCUUAAUCUGGAUACUGGCUUUAAAAAAAACCAAGAUGAUAGCUCGCCUUCUACCACCAGUUCCAGGUCCAAAAAUAAAAGGCUUGGAUGCUCAAUUAUUACAGGCAGGAAAAUCUGAAGAAUUGCUGAGCGCUCUUGAUUGCCAGGGUUUUCCUCCAACUUCAGACUCUGAUGACCUGCUGAUUGAAUUUUUGGAGAUAGACGACAGUGAAGAUCAGCAGCUAAUGCCAAAUCAUGGAAAGAGUCACCCCAAUAAACAUGUAAGGCUAGCCCACCAGGAAAUAGACUCCGAUUCAGGAAGGGGAAGCUGUGAGAGUCCAUCUCUACUGCAAGAGAAAUAUAAGGAAGCCAGAAAACUGCCCCCUACAGUAGAAGUACCAGAUCCUGAGGAGGUUCAAAGGAACACUGAUAGAAAAAAUCUCUCAGAAACAUUAAAACUAGAGCCUGAACGACAUCUCCCACGGUUGACCAGUAGUAACCCAAAAUCAUCGACAUGGCCUGGAGACCAGCCAGGGCACUCUCACACGCCAAGGUAUUCCUCUCAUGAUGCCAUAGAGAUCUGCAAAAGGAUACUCAAAGCCACACAUGUAAAAAGGUCACCCAUUUUGGGGAGAAGGGAAGGAAAGCAUUGUUCUCAGCUUCCCGAACCCAUUGAGACGAUCAGUAAAGUAAAAACGGGCCAACUGGAGGAUGAAGCCAAUAUAACUCUAAACUCUCAGCGUAAUCAAGACGCAUUCUGGUUAGCUUCUCCAGAGCAGUUGCCUUUCACCUCUACGAAGCCAAUGGAUUAUGUAGAGAUUCACAAAGUCAGAAGUGACGGAGCGUUGGCUGUGCUACCCAAGCAGAAAGAAAGUGUUGACAAAACUGAAAAGGCUCCUCUGCCUCCUCUGUCUACAAAAGAAUACUCCAAGGUUUCAACGGUUGUAGCUAAUCAUAUUCUGGUAUUAUUACCAGAGACCAAAACGGAGGUCUUGCCUACUUUUCAGGAACCCCCAAAGGAAUCCAAUCCGGAAAGCCAGGCAGAGAAAAACAAGAUCUAUUGCCUCCCGGUUCCCAACACGUGCACAAUACAGAUUGGUGGUUUAGAUUACAUGGAUCCGAAUAACUUCAUGCCAGCCUUUCAUUAAUAAACAAAUUGAAAUUCCCAGGUGACGCAAGGAAAAUAAACAUUCUUGGCACAAAA